AUGGUCGCUUGUUAUCCUGGAAAUGGAACUGGAUAUGUUCGUCACGUGGACAAUCCAAACGGCGACGGGCGCUGUAUCACCUGUAUUUAUUACCUGAAUAAGAAUUGGGACUCCAAGCUGCAUGGUGGAAUUCUUCGGAUAUUCCCAGAAGGAAAGUCCUAUGUAGCAGAUGUGGAGCCGAUUUUUGACCGAUUACUCUUUUUUUGGUCAGAUCGAAGGAACCCACACGAAGUCCAGCCUUCUUAUGCGACCAGAUAUGCCAUGACUGUGUGGUAUUUUGAUGCUGAAGAAAGAGCAGAAGCCAAAAAAAAGUUCAGGAACUUAACUGAUGCAAGGAAGAGAGAAGCACCUCUUAACGAAGACUAAUUAACUGUUCCUGAACUCUUUGUGAGGAAAUAAGAUCCCAAAGAUGACUUCCAUUUCCAUCAAACAAGGGCAAAUCAUUGUUAUGCACAAGAACACACUGGUUGUGUCUAGCAUGUGCAUCUUAUCCUGAUGGUACUUAAGGCAGCCUCCUGUCAUGCUGCAUCUGACAGAAGGAACACUUAUUUUCUCUUUGCCUUUUGCUGAAAAAAGUAACCAGGGUUAAAAAAAAAAAGUAUCACUAAGCCUAGUGGUAGUGACUCAGCCAACUGGCUUUUGAUCACUCUUGUAACUAAGAUAAUGAUCAUUUGAACUAGUGGUAAAACCCUGAGUCUUAUUUGCACUUUAUGGGG